UCAUCUGGAGUAUCUAGAACGUAUUGAUCGCGGCUAAGCAGCUGUACUCUCGGGCUGACAGUAACGUUAGGGCGACCGUACGGAAAACACACGUGUACGCGUUCUCGCGACGGAAACGUCGUUGUCGUCGGUGCUAUCGUCAUUCUGCUAGCUACGGGGAAACUCGAGGGAAAGUGCAAAGCCCCUUGUCUCGGAUCGAUCCAAGCGAUUUCCAAGUACUGUUGCGGUCAAUAAAAAUGGAAAAAAGCGGAACGGAACAGGUCGUGUCGCUGAUUCGUUGAAACGCGAUUUUUCCUUCCUAUGCUUCUCGGGUAAACAGAUGGUUUAAUAUUCGAAAGGUUGGUUCGUGGUUCCACGCGUUGUCGUGUUUUGUACGGUGUUACCGAGAAAGAUUCAACGAAGAUGCGGUUCAGUGACAGUGAAUCUUUGGAAUUUUUAUGUUUCGGUGUUUUCAAGGUUCCGCCCCUUUUUCCUAACAGUUUUUUAACAAAAAUGUAGUUUAUAUUUACAAUUAUAAUGCGAACGCAUGUAGGUACAUCGCGAUUUUAGAACGACGAUCCGUUGAAUUUUCAGUAUCCGUUUUCGUCUCGGUGCUUGUGCAAAUUUUGCGAACGUUUUAAUAAGAAUCUGUUUCGCAGACAGGCAAAUGAUUUUAUUUGCGCCGAAAAUACAGAUCACAAAAGACAUAUUUAUAUCGGUAUAAUUAUUGUAUAAAACGAAGAAAACGAUUUAGAAAGUAGAAUAAAAAUAAUUGAAACGAUGAUGAUCAUUCCAAACGAAUGCUGUUAUCUCGUGUAAUAAAGAUGUCGAGCAAAACUUUCCCAGAUCCGAAUAACAGUGGUACGUAACACACGUAUUUGUACAAUACAUGUAUAUUUCCGUGGAAUCGUGGAAUGACAACUAUAAAUGUAAAUAACUGUUUCAAAGUUUGAUAUAACGUGGAAUAGUCGAUCGAAAUGUUUGGCCUUAAAAGCAAACGUAAUUUAUUCGACGCUUAUCUUUUCAAAAUGGAAGGGGAAAUACCAAACGCUUCUUCGUCUAUCCGUGGAAGAUAUAGUUUUAUAUAACGCUGAUAUUAUAUUCUUGGGUCUGAUGAUAGAACAGCAAUUUGUAUUCGUUUGUACUCAUCUACUCACUCACAAAGACGAGAUGCUGGAGUGCGAGACCGGAUCGCUGUUAGGCCGAGUCGCGGACCUCGAGAGGCAAUCCUUGGCGCAGAGGGACGAGAUAGUUUGUCUUCGAGCUACUCUGGCGGAUGCGCUGAGGCGAAUUGCCCAGCUGGAAGGACGCGAGAAAAGAGAGGAUGAGAGAAACGAGAGGAGAAACGAAAGAAUAGUGUCCUCGCCCUUAAGGAACGGUCAUGUAUCGCUUAGAAGUAAUCAAAAUUCAACACCCCAGAAAGACAUACGUUUACGACAAACUGGCAGCUCUUGUCUGAGGAAUUCGUCUUCGUCAGGAUCUUCCCAGGAUAUCCGAGACUCGAUCUCCAGUCCACGGAGACCGGUCAGUUACACGCACUCGUCGCAACUUCCACAACGAAGGUCAGUUCAUUACCAAUCAACGGGUUCGUUACACUCGGACAGUCCCAGUAGUAGUAGCGUUUCCCCGGUGCCAUCGCCGAGUCCUAGAGCCACGCCACUGCCAGUAGCCAGAUCGCCGACAGCGAGAUCGAACGGGCCACCGCAAAGCAGUUUAAGAAGGGCGAAACGGUGGUCGUCGACAGGGGACUUUACGCAUUCCCCGCAAAAUCAGGGAAGCAAUUCGCAACUUGUGAGUAACAGAUUCUCAGCCUCCACCAAGUCUCUGUUCAACCUCUUCAAGCCACCGGCGCUGAACAACGUGAAACACGGUACCAGAGACAUGCAGUACAACGAGGAGGAAAGCACCGUCCGCAUGUACCUGCGGGGUCGGCCCGUCGUCCUUUACGUCCCGACGCCUUUGAUGGAGCUGUACGACCUUCACAAAGUCAGCACACCGCCCCAGAGUAAACUAAAACUCGACUGGGUGUACGGUUACCGAGGCAGAGACUGUCGAAGUAAUCUGCAUCUACUGCCAACCGGGGAAAUCGUGUAUUUCGUCGCGGCCGUAGUGGUCUUGUACAACAUGGAAGAGCAUAGCCAGAGGCACUACUUGGGUCAUACGGACGAUAUCAAGUGCAUAGCGAUCCACCCAAACAAGCUCGUGGUCGCCACUGGUCAAGUGUGCGGAACCGACAGACGAGAUGCUAUGCCUCACAUAAGGAUAUGGAACUCGGUCAGUUUGACCACUCUUUGUGUGAUUGGUAACGGCGAGUUCGAUGGCUCGAUUUGUUGUCUCUCGUUCUCGAAGGCAGACGGUGGAAAUUACCUGUGCGCUAUCGACGAGACUUCUGAUCACAACAUUUCGAUCUGGGAUUGGCAGAAAGGAGAACGAGGUACCAAAGUGACUGAAACGAAGUGCUCGGUGGACACGGUGGUAUGCGCCGAAUGGCAUCCGCUGGAACGGAACCAGAUCGUGUCCUGCGGGAAGGGACACGUGUCCUUCUGGUCCCUUGAUAACGGUGGCAUGCUGUACAAACGGAUGGGCAUUUUCGAGAGCAGAGAAAAACCAAGAUACGUUACCUGUGUGGCUUUUAAUCAGAGCGGUGAUGUUCUUACUGGCGAUAGCAACGGUAACAUCAUCGUUUGGGGCAGGGGAACAAACACGAUUUCGAAGAUAGCGAGGAACAUUCACGAAGGAUCUAUUUUCUCGAUUUGCGUUUUGAAAGACGGUUUUAUCGUCACCGGAGGCGGCAAAGAUGGCAAAAUAUUGUAUUUUGACGAAUCGUUAAACCUGACGGGGGAAGAAGCACAAAUCGAGGAUCAUUUUGGCGGGAUUCGAACGCUCGCAGAAGGCAGAGGUUCACAGUUGCUGAUUGGAACAACCAGGAAUUGCAUUUUAGUCGGCGACGUGGGAAUGGGAUUUAGUCCGGCGAUGUUGGGACACGCCGAAGAAGUUUGGGGACUCGCAGCUCAUCCGACUUUACCGCAGUUUGCAACAGCAGGCCACGAUAGGUUGUUGCAAAUGUGGGAUAGUCUCAGUCACACUGUGGUCUGGAGCAAAGAUAUCGGGGAGCAAGCGCAGAGCAUCGGGUUCACACCAGACGGUAAUGUUAUGGUGGUCGGAUGCACUUCCGGAAAAUGGUUAGCGAUCGACAGUGAAACUCGAGAAUUAUAUACUCAUCACAGCGAUGGGUCUGAACCUAUUCAGGUCGUUAGAUUUUCACCGGAUGGAACGCUAUUAGCUCUGGGUUCCAGAGACAACUAUAUUUAUGUUUAUCAGGUAAACGAAGAUGCGGUCAAAUAUAGUCGAGUUGGACGAUGUAUGGGACAUUCGAGUUUCAUAACUCAUUUGGACUGGUCAAUGGACGGGCAAUAUCUACGUAGCAACAGCGGAGACUAUGAACUGCUAUAUUGGAAUCCCGGAGUCUGUCGUCAGAUCCCACAACCAUCGAUGAUGAGGGACAUGGACUGGGCGAGUCACACCUGUGUAAUAUCCUUCGAAACGAUUGGGAUAUGGCCGGAAGGAGCCGAUGGCACAGACGUAAAUAAUUGUACCCGUAGCGGUGAUUCCAAGUUGCUCGCAACCGGCGACGACUUCGGAAAAGUCAAGUUGUUCUCUUAUCCCGCUUGUCAACCGAAGUCGCUGUGUCAUGCGUACGGUGGUCAUUCGAGUCACGUUACGAACGUAUCGUUCCUUCAAGACGAUACGCGACUGAUUUCCACUGGCGGAAGUGACACGAGCGUUCUUCAAUGGAUCGUAAAUUACUAACUCUGUUAACUACCAAUCGAGUCGAGUGGAAAAUAGACAAACAGUGAAAGUACGAAGCACCAUAGAAUAGCAUUCGGCGUAACCUGCCGAAUUUAGUCCAGGACCACUCGGUCUAUUCUCGUUGCUAAAUGAAAGAGGAGUGGAAGGAAACAAGCGGCGUCGGUCGCGACCGCGGAAAGGAAAAGUCCUGGUUUCAAGAAAAGGGAACAGAACAAAUGCUGCGUACAGUUAAAUAAUUUUACUCUUUAAGUGUCCUUCACGAAUCAAUGACUGAAAGUCAUGACGCUAAUUUCUUAUUAUUGUUAGUCACGAACGAUCUUGAUCCGUAAUUUUGCGCUGCGAAAACAAGACGACGUGAAAAUAUUAGUGAAAUCUUGUCAGCCAAUGUGGCGAACGAUAUAAUAGGCUAUACUUGGUCAAUUAGUAUGUAAUAACGUAACAAAGUGUCUUUUUCAUAUUUCAUGUAUUUACAACUAUUUUUCGAACACCGAAGCGCCGCCGACUUUACAAAUUUAUGCGAGUGUUGUUCGUCUAGUAAUCGCUGACGAAACGCACCGUGAUCUUUUCCACGUAAACACAAAAAUUGCACAGUUCGUACAUAAGUAGAUAUAUACUUUCCUAUAAUUAGUAGCGAUAAAAUGAAGUUGAGUGACUUUCAACCGAUUUGAUAGGAAACGUCGACAUUCCAAUUGCUCGUGCCCGUAAAAAGGUAGGAUUAUCGUUAUCCUCUAGCCUGUACAGCCACGUAAAUUCUAUUUCUUCUGAACGUUAGCUAUCAACAAUGUGUUUAUUUUUCGCGAAUAGAUCGUUAUCGAUCUUAGUUGCUGUAAGCUUAUUUCGUGGCUUUAAGCAAUUUUAAAUAGCGAGAGCCAAAAUAGAUCGAGCGAAGAGUAUGCAAUUUGGGGGGGGGGGGGGGGGGGGAGAAGAGCGAAAGAAAUUGCAAGACAAUGGGAUAACCGAAUUAACCAAUUGGUUAAAUUGUUAAAAUUAUUGAAAUUGUUCUAUUUCGUCGGAAAAUCGUGGUACACGCGUGGUGUAUUUAUGUUUGGUCUGCUACUAAUUUUUCUUUUCCUUUUCCAGAAAUACGAUAUUUCUGUAACGCAGGCUUCUUUUGUAAUGCUUCUGAAAAUAUGAAUAAAAACGUGGACGAAGAACGUCUUGAAUUUUAUCGAA